AUGGCUCUCGCUGCUGAAUGGAUUGGCGUCGAAACAUGGGAUUCUGAUGGCAAACGCGACAAAGGAAACGACAUUAUAACUUGUGGCUGGUCUUCCGUCGGCAUAUUGAGUACUAUCAUAGUGGGAACUGUUUUUCUAUUGGGAAUUUCAGGGCUCAGUGUCCGACGAUUUAAGUCCGGGAUGCCAGUCGCAGGAAGCUGUAGUCUUGCGAUUGCAGCAGCAUGCCAUCCAAGCUUUAAUCCUAAUCUUCAACGUGGAAACGGGACUAGAGAGGGCAAUGCAGAUAUGGAGUCGGAGGAUGAAGAUGAGGAAAUGGCACUCCUGCCUGUCCAAUGGGGGGCCGUCAAUGUAAACGGAUCCUUGGGUCAUUGUAGCUUCACGAGUCGUCAUGUUGAUACGCCUCGGACAAAGGGAAUACAGUACCAGUGA